ACUACCCCUUUCCCCAAUCACUUUCCCUUCACCCAUUUAUGUCGACCACCAGUUUCCGGCGAAGAAUUCCGGCCAUUUCCAGUACAUCCAACAACCACACACGCCAUAUUCUCUUUCAAUCUCCCCACCGGAGAACUCCCUCGACGAAUCGCACUCCUUCCAAGCCCUCCAAAUUCACCAGAUGUUCCUCGGAACCCAACCUUUGGACCACUGCCAUCACCAGCGCCGCCGCUGAUCGGAAUUUUUCCUCGGAGAAGGAAGGGGAAGAGGUUGUUAUUUUUCGUCCUCAUACGUUUUCGGAAGCCUUUGCUUCAUCUCCUCUGUUGAUUCCUUCAACCGAUCAACUACUCGAGGGCUACAAGAAAGAUGCUAAAGUAGUGAUCAAUGUGACGGUUGAAGGGAGCCCAGGACCAGUACGAGCCAUGGUUAAACUAGGAUCUAAUGUUGACGACACAAUUAAACUAGUUGUUGCUAAAUAUGUUGAAGAAGGAAGAACUCCAAAGCUUGAACCAACUACAUCACCAUCCUCCUUUGAAUUGCAUCGCUCUUAUUUCAGCCUCCAGAGUCUUGACAGAAGAGACAUUAUUGGAGAACUUGGUAGUAGAAGUUUUUAUCUUCGAAAGACCCAUGGAGGAGAAUCAUCGACUACUUCACCACGAGGUAUUACCAAAGAAACAAUGGACGAUGUUGCCUUACCAAUUCCUCCUGGUUUCUUGCUUUCUAGCUUCUUUGCUAGAAAAAUGGGCAAAAUUGUAAGAAGAACAAGAAAGCUCUGGAAUUUUAUUAUCUGUUUGAAGUAAGAUCGUGUCUAACAAAUUUCAAAGAGUAACACAACAUAUAUAUGUCACUCUCUAACCUUAUUUUUCCAUUUCUAUUUUCUUUAUCAUUUGGUUAUUUUGUCAUUUCAUAAGAGGAGAUUUGUCAAGCUUACUAAUGGAAAGAAAUACCAUUUGAUUUAGGCUUUAAUUGUAUAUAGCAUAUAUUCUUAUUUGUGAACCAUUGAACAUUGUAUGGUUACAAGAUUGUUAUAGUAAAUAGAGAGAAUUCAAUUCCUAAACUUUUAUUCA